GAGCGGCGCGCAGCCAUGCGCAUGCGCAGUCUCGCGGCCGCCCUCGCUCGGAGCGGGCGGGCGGCGGCGGCCGGGGGUCCCCGCGGGCGGGCCGUGGCCGGGGGCUGCCGGCCGGGACGGGCCGUUGUCCGGCCGCUGUGGAGCGCCGGCACCGCCGCCAUGCCCGGCAGGAACAAGGCGACGUGCGGCUACGGUAGCCCGGAGCUUGCGGUGGGCCAGCAGGCCGCGGAGGGGGGCCGCGACGCCGGGGGCCGCUCGCCUCACGGGGACGAGGAGGAAGAGCGCGGGCGGGCCGGUCCCGAACACAACCUCGGUGACCCCGACAUCGUCAAGUCCCCCAGCGACCCCAAGCAGUACCGGUAUAUCAGACUGCAGAAUGGCUUAUGUGCACUUUUGAUUUCGGAUUUGAAUUACUUGGAUGGUGCCCCAACAUCUUCAGAGGAGGAGGAGGAUAAUGAUGAUGAUUCUGAAGAGGGCAGUGAUGAAUAUGAUGACUCUGGAGCAGAGAUCGAAGAUGGCAGAGAAGAUGAUGAUGAGUGUGAUGAUGGGGAUGAGAGUGAGGACAGUGAUGGAGAUAAUGAGGAUUUCAAUGAUUCUGAUGACAGCGAAUUAGAAGAGCUGGCUGAAAAGGAAGAGACAAGAAAGAGAGGUUGUUCAGAAAAGCAGUCUGCAGCAGCCCUCUGUGUUGCUGUUGGCAGCUUCUCUGAUCCUGAAGAUCUGCCUGGAUUAGCACACUUCCUGGAACAUAUGGUUUUUAUGGGCAGUUUGAAGUACCCAGAUGAGAACGGGUUUGAUGCAUUCCUGAAGAAACACGGGGGCGGUGACAAUGCCUCGACAGACUGUGAGAGGACAGUGUUCCAGUUUGAUGUGCAGAGGAAGUACUUCAAAGAAGCCCUGGAUAGGUGGGCACAAUUCUUUAUCCACCCAUUAAUGAUCAGGGAUGCAAUAGAUCGAGAAGUGGAGGCUGUAGACAGUGAGUAUCAGCUUGCAAGGCCCUCUGAUGCAAACAGAAAGGAGAUGUUAUUUGGGAGUCUUGCCAGGCCUGGACAUCCUAUGAAGAAAUUCUUUUGGGGUAAUGCAGAUACACUCAAGCAUGAGCCCAAAAUGAAAAAUAUUGACACCUACACCAGGCUGAGGGAAUUCUGGCAGCGCCAUUACUCUGCUCACUACAUGACUUUGGUUGUCCAGUCUAAAGAAACACUGGAUACAUUGGAAAAGUGGGUGACAGAAAUCUUCUCUGAAAUCCCAAAUAAUGGUUUACCCAAACCCAGCUUUGGCCAUCUGACUCAGCCUUUUGACACACCAGAGUUUCACAAGCUUUACAGAGUUGUUCCAAUCAGGAAGGUUCAUUCAUUGACCAUCACUUGGGCACUUCCCCCACAAGAACAGUAUUACAGGGUGAAGCCUCUUCAUUAUAUUUCCUGGCUGGUGGGACAUGAAGGCAAAGGCAGUGUUCUUUCUUUCCUUAGGAAAAAGUUUUGGGCCCUUGCAUUGUAUGGAGGAAAUGGAGAGACAGGAUUUGAACAGAACUCCACUUACUCCAUCUUCAGCAUUUCUGUGACUUUGACUGAUGAAGGUUACAAGCAUUUCUAUGAGGUGGCCCACGUUGUGUUUCAGUAUGUGAAGAUGCUGCAGAGGAGGGGACCAGAUCAAAGAAUAUGGGAAGAAAUACAAAAGAUUGAAGCUAAUGAAUUUCACUACCAGGAACAGACAGAUCCAGUUGACUAUGUGGAAAACCUUUGUGAGAACAUGCAGUUGUUUCAGAAGGAAGAUUUUCUGACAGGAGACCAGCUCUUGUUUGAAUACAAGCCGGAGAUCAUUGCUGAUGCCCUGAACCAGCUCAGCCCUCAGAGAGCCAACCUGGUUUUGCUGUCUGCUGCCAACGAAGGCCAGUGUCACCUCAAGGAGAAGUGGUUUGGGACUCAGUACAGCAUGGAAGAUAUUGACAAGUACUGGAGUGAUUUAUGGGACAGUGACUUUGAGUUAAAUCCAGAUUUACACCUUCCAGAGGAAAACAAAUACAUAGCCACUGACUUUGCUUUGAAAGUUGCUGACUGUCCCGAGACAGAAUAUCCAGUCAAAACACUCAGCACACAACAAGGCUGUCUCUGGUACAGGAAGGAUGAUAAAUUCAAAAUCCCAAAAGGUUAUGUUCGAUUCCAUCUGAUCUCUCCAUUGAUACAGCAGUCUGCAGAGAACAUAGUGUUGUUUGAUACAUUUGUAAACAUCCUUUCCCACAACCUGGGGGAACCAGCUUACGAAGCAGAUGUGGCUCAGCUGGAAUACAAGCUGGUGGCUGGAGAGUAUGGCCUGAUCAUCAGAGUGAAAGGAUUCAAUCACAAACUACCUCUUCUAUUCCAGCUCAUCAUUGAUUACUUGUCCGACUUCAGCUUUACUCCAGCAGUUUUUGAAAUGAUAACCGAGCAGCUGAAGAAAACUUACUACAACAUCCUCAUUAAACCCGAGACUCUGGCCAAGGACGUGCGGCUGCUGAUCCUGGAGCACGGCCGGUGGUCCAUGAUCGACAAGUACCAGACGCUGAUGAAGGGGCUCUCCAUCGAGGCCCUCUCCGCCUUCGUCACCGCCUUCAAGUCCCAGCUCUUCGUGGAGGGGCUCGUGCAAGGGAACUUCACCAGCAGGGAAGCAAAAGAUUUCCUGAAUUACGUUGUUCAAAAGCUCCACUUUGCUCCCCUGGCCCAUCCCUGCCCUGUGCAGUUCCGGGUGGUGGAUUUGCCGAACACCCACCUGCUCUGUAAGGUGAAAACUCUCAACAAGGGCGACGCCAACUCCGAGGUGACAGUCUAUUACCAGUCAGGUGCCAGGAACCUGAGGGAAUACACCCUGAUGGAGCUGCUUGUGAUGCACAUGGAGGAGCCUUGCUUUGACUUCCUGAGGACCAAGCAGACGCUUGGCUACCACGUGUACCCCACCUGCAGAAACACUUCUGGGAUUCUUGGCUUCUCAGUCACAGUGGCAACCCAGGCAACUAAAUACAAUUCUGAAUUGGUUGACAGGAAGAUAGAGGAGUUUCUUUCUUGCUUUGAAGAGAAAAUCAAGGAUUUAACUGAAGAGGCUUUUAGCACCCAGGUAACAGCUUUGAUAAAACUGAAAGAAUGUGAAGACUCCCACCUUGGGGAAGAAGUGGACAGGAACUGGAAUGAAGUGGUGACCCAGCAGUACCUGUUUGACAGGCUGGCACGGGAGAUUGAAGCUCUCAAGUCUAUUACACAAGCAGACCUGGUCAACUGGUUCCAAGCUCACAGAAGCGACCAGAGGAAAGUGCUCAGUGUACAUGUGAUUGGAUAUGGAAAGCAUGAAGGGGACUCAGAGGUGACAGCUGUCUCAGGACAGAACUCAUCUGGUGAAAUACCUCAUCUUGUUUUAUUGCCCCCCUCUGUGAUGCGUGACAUUACUUCCAUCAAGGACAUCAAAGCCUACACAUCAACGCUGAAUGUUCUCCCUUACCACAAAAUAUUGAAAUAAAACUGAUACCUUGCCCUGCCCUGCUGUGUAAUACAGGUGCUUUCUGCAACAUCAACAUCACAAACCUGUUUUUAUUAAACCAGAGCUGUAGUGGUAGCUGGGAUGCAGAUGCCCAUUCAGACACUGAGGAAGCUUUCCUCAAGUUUCCAGCCAACCUUUCAUCACCUUUCCAAGUUCAUUAAGAAGAGGCACAGCCCUGACUUCCCCACGGGUGCCACGUUCUCCUCUCCAGCUGUCUGGAGCUUGGGCUCUGCCUUUGUGUUCAGCCUGGCUUGUACCAUCCCUGCAGUGCUGCAGCAGCUCCUCAACAGCAGUGACAGCUCCUCAGGAAAGGAUCUGCAGCACUCCCAGAGCAGUGACAGUGGGUGGGAGGGGGAGAAAAGCCCAAGGCUUCCAUCUCACACUGCUUUUUUAGUUUUUCUGAAUGUGCAACAUAGACAAAAUUAAGAUGAAAUCAAAUAAAAGCUAGACCUAA